GUUUUCACUCCGAAGCAUUCCGUGAACGGGGACCUGCACGAAGGAGGAGGAGGAGGCGUAUGCAAAAGAUUCGGUUCAGUUCGGCUUUCCCAGCUUCUCUGUUACCUUCUGGAGCGUGUCCUGCAGUUACCUCUGAGCGCAGCAGCCACAGCACGGGGAUUGAAUUAUCCAUCAGCAAGUGUUCCUAAUAAAGCCAAAGUCAAUAACUCCGCUGUAACUCCACUAUUUUGAGACUCUAUAUAAUAAUGGAUUAUUUGAAACUCCAAAGAAUUUACACAGAAGAGUGACUUAAAAAUAGGAUGCAUUCUACUUAGGAAGAUGGCAUUUGUUUCAGACAGCCCUACAUCGCAAACAGUGAGCAUUGGAUCCUAUGUGUACUUUUAGAAAAAGGCUCACUAGAGGCUGGAAAUCCCUCUCAGCAGAAGCUGAGAACCAGGAAAAGAACAGUCAUUGGAAACUUGAGUAGGAGACAAGCUGAAACAUAAGAGAGUGCACAUCCUAGAAGUGGUAAUGUAAGAAUGCCAGUAUGGUAUCUUUAAACAAGGAAUUGCUCCUUUUUUUGCUACAAGAUGAUUAUGUUUAGGAGUUCAACAUUUGGAACUCUCUCAUGGUUUUUUCCUGCAUCUCCACUGGUGUCUCCAUGGAUUCCUUUUUGGUUGUGUUAGCACUAUGAGAGAGCAGGUGAGCUUCCUGGGUGCCCAAGUUGUUUCCUUGUACUGAGGAAGACCUAAGGCUUACUGCUGUUUUCCUUUUCUACAGCUGUCUGGCUUCUGCUGGAGAGAGACCUGACAGGGGGUGGAGAUCAAAUCUGGAUGAUCAGGAGUAGUGACCUGUGUGCACAGUGGAAGUCAUUUACUCCACCCUUUACAUCUAGCCCCUGAAAACUCAUCUUGGAGAUUUUUGUUUCCCACUUCCACAGAAUAUAUUAUUAACUUGGUGGCUGAUUUUUUCCUUUUAUCCCAGUAAGAGAUUUAUUAUGAAGUUCAUUCAUGUUGAGUGAUACCCAUGAUAUAGUUCAAGCUCAAUGUGUUGAGGAAUAGUUCUCACACAGGUGUCUUGGCCUGCAAUCUGCAGAUUGAAAUGCAGAUUGAGCUCCUGGUUGGAGCUCGAGACAAGAGGCCAUGAAUUCCCAGCCUUUGGGAUAACAAAGGACAUGAAGACAGGUGACAGCAGCCAAGUGGAUGGACAACUGAGAGUAACAGCCGGUGACUGCCGACCUUUUGGAUAAGGCGACGCCAGUGCGAUGGAUGAACAGAGCGGGAAGGCGGGAGAAGACGAGAAGGAAGAGCGGGACUGAGGCCUCUAUUGAAGAUUGUGUCAAAAUGGAUCGUGAGUAUAUGGGGAAGGUCAACUCUUACGGUCAAAAAAAUAAUUAUACAGUGGCUUAUGAACUCGUCGCCAAAAGGGGCCCACCUCAUGAUCCUGAGUUCACAGUUGUUGUCAUAGUAAAAGGUGAGGAAUAUGGUAGUGGCACUGGUAAAAGUAUAAAAGCAGCAAAAGAAGUAGCAGCAAAAAAAGCAUGGAAAAAGAUUGAGGAAGAGGAGAAGAGUUCAUCAAAUAUGGCAGCUGCAGAUUUAACAACAGCUCAAACAACCUCAACAACCUCAUCACCUGCGCCAGACAAGAAUUAUGUCUGCCUGUUAAACAGUAUUUCACAAAGGACAGGUUACACAGUUGGUUAUACUACCCAAAAUCGUACUGGAGAUCCCCAUGCUCCCACGUAUUCUGUUAGCUGUACAAUUAGGGGUCAAUUGUAUGGAAAGGGCACUGGACCUACCAUAGCUGCUGCAAAAAAAGCUGCUGCAAAGGAAGCAUAUGAGAAGUGGGAACUCAAAAGAGCUAAUAACAGCAAUUCCUCUCAAGUGUCAGCUGAGUCUGACUCAGAUAAAAACACCGUUCGCUUUGCUGACUCAUCUGCAAAGUUGGAAGAAAAAAUGAAGGACAUGGCAGUAUGUGAAAAGCCUUCACCUUCUCAGAGAAAUGCACAAAGGUCUGUCUCGGAGACCAAAAGAAAAUUGGCAGCUAAUUUUGCUAUUGUAAGAAACAAGGAAGAGGAAAAAAAUAUGUUGGAUUCCAGUGGAGGUUUGCCAGAUGUGGACACAAAUACUGGAAAAGAGAAUGGGAGUCCAUGCACUGUCAAUAAAACAUUUCUUGAACUUUUUGAAAAAAUACAGCAUAUUGGUGCUGGUGGUUUUGGGAAUGUUUUCAAGGCAACAUCGAAGUGUGAUAAGACAACCUAUGCAAUCAAACGAGUUGAAUACACAGAGAAAGUGGAGCGUGAAGCACGAGGGCUGGCAAGACUUUCACAUGAGAACAUAGUGCGCUAUCAUUGCAGCUGGAGAGGGUACGACCGUAUCAAGGGCUCAGGCCCAAGCCAGAAUUCAGACCAAGAAAUUUACUGUCUUUUCAUCCAAAUGGAAUUCUGUGAACAAGGGACAUUGGAAGACUGGGUUAUAAAAAAUAGCAAAGACCGAAAGUAUCAUGAAAUGGCACAAAACAAAUUUUUACAAAUAGCGAAAGGAGUGCAAUGUAUUCAUUCUGAAGAGUUAAUUCAUCGAGACCUCAAGCCUCAGAAUAUAUUCAUAUCACAUGAUAAUAAAAUAAAAAUAGGCGACUUUGGUCUUGUGACUUCUGUGGCAUUUGAGACUCUGACUGAGAACAGAGGAACGAGAUCGUAUAUGGCACCAGAACAGAUUGGGACCAAAUACGGAAGGGAAGUAGAUAUUUAUGCUUUGGGAUUAAUUUGGUUUGAAAUUCUUUCGGCAAUCACUGCUCAUGAAAAAAGUAAGGUAUGGUCUUCUGCUAGGGAAGGUGAACUUCCAGAGUACUUCAAAAAUCAAUUUCCAGCAGAGGCAUCCAUAAUCAAAAAGAUGCUUUCAAGAGAUCCUUCUGGAAGAAUCACUAUAUCUCAUCUACUUGACCUUCUUAAUUCUGUUGAUAAAGAGAAGGCACUUAGAAAUUAUUCUUAUUGAAUGUCCCUUCACACUGUGUC